AUGACAGAAUUAAGGAUAGUUUCGGAGCCCGUGGGGCCUUUACAAUCGAACUGUAUAGUUCUCUAUAACGAGAGAACGCGGUCAGCAAUACUGAUAGACCCUGGGUGGGAGGCGCCGGUCAUAGACAAAACAAUUCAACACCUCAAGCUCACCGUUAAGGCAAUUCUUCUAACACACGUUCACUUUGAUAAUGCUCUCUACGCAGGAGAGUUCAAGAAGAAGUACAUACAGCGUUAUCCACCCCUAAAGAUCAUGUGUCAUCAAGCUGACCUUUUUCUAUGGGAUAAUCUGUUGUCUACAGCAAAGGAGUGCGGGGCAGAGGUUCCUAAGCAUUUUCCAUGCCGUCCCGAUGAAACUUUCGGUAGCGAUGAUAGCUGGGACAUCGACGGCAUAACAUUGGAGGUUAUCCAUACGCCAGGCCACACACCAGGCUCUGUUUGCCUACUAAGUGAUGCAGACAAGGUCGUUUGUACGGGCGACACUCUUUUUGCAAAUGGGUAUGGUCGUUUGGAUUUCCCAGAGGCACACAGAAUUAGUCAUAAGGAUUCUAUCCGAAGACUCAAAAGCCGCUGUCCAGGCUACUUGAUCUACCCAGGUCACGGGCCUCUUGCAAGCAUCAGUGAGUCAAUCCCUGACCAGCAACUGCACUAUUAG